AUGGCCUUACAGCAAACUACCGAGUCUGUUAGCGACUUGAACGCCAAGUUCUUGGAGAUGCUAUCUUUUUGUCCCUCAUUUGCUGGGAACGAGGCCUGGUUGGUCAGCCAAUACACUACCAUUCUACGUACCGAGAUUCGAGAAUUCGUUAGCAUGCAGGAGUUCCCGACUUUAUCCGCGAUCAUGGAUGCAGCGAGGAGGAGGGAAAUCGAGUUGCAGACCCAGACCAAGAGGAAGGCCAGUGACACCUCCUCCAAGACAUCCGGAGAUGCCCAGAAAAAGCAAAAGCAGGGUGGUAAGUCAAGGUAUGAGUACAGGCCGUCUUCAAGUCAGGGCGAGAAAAAUCCGUUGAUAUGCUACAACUGUAAAAAGCCAGGGCAUCAUUGGAAGAAUUGUAGGGCUCCCCCUGUGAGUGCAGGUCCUCAGAUUACUUCUGCUGCUCCCGUCUACUAUCACUGCAACGAGACGGGACACAAGAAGCCCGAAUGUCCAAAGUUGAAGGCUGGUAAAGGAAGCGGGGGUACAAAUCCUGCAAUUGCAUCGUCUUCUAAGGGACCCACUAUGGUGACACGAGGUCGUGCUCACCAGAUGACUGCGGAUGAGCCGGUGAUUACCGCGACAGUGGCAGGCACUUAUUUGCUAGAUUCCGAGCCUGCUGUUGUUAUGUUUGAUAGCGGUGCUACCCAUUCUUUUGUAUCUCGCACGUUUAUUAAUCGUCUGGGGUGUAGUAUCGGAAAAUUAGCACGCCCAAUGGUUGUCGAAGUUGCCGACAACCGCACUAUUUAUGUCACCGAUGUCUAUCGGGGUUGCACUCUCGAGUUUUCUGGAGUUGAAUUCCCUAUUGAUCUUAUCCCUAUUGCGAUGCGAGAGCUCUGCGUUAUCGUAGGGAAAUCAUGGGAGAUCCCAUUAGAUUAUGGUGAAGAAUAUUCUUACGUAACGACGUAUAUCGAAGGACAUGUUCCUAGUUCUUGGCAUCAGUGA